CCAGCUUGUCUCUCAGACAGCUGUGCCCCCUGCCCCAGGCAUGGAGUCCCUCCCUGAAGCAGUCCUGCUCCGGAUCCUGGCCUCCGUUCCUGCGGUGGAGCUGGUGCUGGUGUGCCGCCUGGUCUGCUGCCAGUGGAGGAACCUGGUUGAUGGAGCUGCACUCUGGAUCCUGAAGUGUCAGCAGGAAGGCCUCAGCAGAGCAGAGUCAGAUGUGGAGGACUGGCAAAGCUUCUACUUCCUGAGUAAGAAAAGGAGGAAUCUCAUCAAGAACCCAUGUGGUGAAGAAGGCUUGGAGCACUGGGGAGAGGUAGAGAAUGGAGGUGAUGGCUGGAAAAUUGAAGAGCUCCCAGGGGACUUUGGAAAAGAAUUUCCUAGUGAAGAAGUCCAGAAAUACUUUGUCACAUCUUAUGAGUGGUGUCGAAAGGCUCAGGUCAUUGACCUUAGGGCUGAGGGCUACUGGGAGGAGCUGAUGGAUACAACCCAGCCUAAAAUCAUGGUAAGAGACUGGUAUGCAGGACGUGGUGAUGCUGGUUGUCUCUAUGAGCUGUGUGUGAAGCUGCUCUCUGAGAAUGAGGAUGUGCUGGCUGAGUACAAAAGUGACACUGUCACCAUCCCACAGGGAAAUGAUGGCAGCUGGACUGAGGUGAGUUACAGAUCUCUCACACCUUCUCCAGCUACGGGCCCGGGGUGCGCUUUGUGCGCUUUGAGCACGGCGGGCAGGACACACUCUUCUGGCAGGGCUGGUACGGCGCGCGCGUCACCGGCAGCAGCGUGACACUGGAGCCAUAGCUCUGCUCAGCAGGACCUGCAUGCUGCAGUUCACUUCCCUCAGGGCAUCCAUCCCCCAGCCUUUGGAUGGUUUCUGCAUGGUGCUGCUGCUGGCUGUGGAGCAUUCGGCCUUCCUGCAUAGGAACGUGUGUGCAAGGUGCCAGGAGCCACCGCCCGUCCCUCCUCAAGAGGACUAUGCAAAGAAUGUGAAUGAAUUUGGGAAUGCACCUCACCACUUGCACUGGUGUUCUCUGUCAGACAGGAGAUCACCUAAAAAUCCUGCAGAGCUCCUCUCUUAGUCUGUAAUGCCUAGCACCCAGCCUGAGUCAGCUGUCUCCCCUGCCUGCUCUCCUGACUUGGGCACUCCUUAACUUGAAGGGAUGCUUUAAGUAUAUUUUCUGGAAGUUAGAGUGGGAAAAGAAUAAAGAAAACCACAGACCCUGUGUCUCAAAACAUACCAGGGAAACCCAGAGCCCUGUCCCCAACUGUUUCCAUUACCUGCAGUGAGAACUUUGGUUUCUUCCAUUUAUAAAAAGUUAACAUUGUUUACUACAGAGGGGCUCUAGCUUGACUGUCAAUACUAUUAGUUUAAUUUUUAGUGAUAAUGCAAAACAAGAGAGGUUGAAUCCUUUUCUCUUACACUGUUCCCAGCAUCCAUUUAUCAAGGGAAGUGUUGGGAAGAGAAACAUGUCUGGUGUCCAGCCCUGGGGCUUCGUUUGGCUCCCUCAGAGAGAUGGGAUCUCCAUGCUAGUGAAGAGAGAAAGAUGACAGCAACUUAGGGAACUGGGUUAGAAAAAAUUUGGGAUGGGGUCCAGAAACAAAUGAAAACAAACUCAUUUACCCCCUCCUGGCCUCUGCAUGCUUCAGGCAGCAAGCAUCCUGGUGAUCCAGUGUGACUCUGCUGGCAGGACACCGCUCCCCCUCUGCUGACCAUGUCUGCAAGAAGUUCAUGUCUGCCUCUGCCCUGUGCUUGCUGACAACACAGCACUCCAGGCUCCCACUUGAGCUUCUUGAUACCACUCAGGGCUGUGUGCCCCAUCCUGAACAGACCCCUAAGCUUUGCUGAAUUCAGACUGUCCCUGCUAGUGUUGCUAUAGGACACGAAAUAAAACUAUGUGCACACUGGAAUCUCCAGGGUAAAAAGAA